ACUAGCGCCAGCACCGGCAGUGCGCGGGCGGCCGCGGCGAGGGGCGAGGGGCGAGUCUGUCUGGAUACUCAACAGGGUGCUGAAGAUAUUUUGAGGAAGAAGAGACGCUUUUCCACUUCCAUCAUGUCCUGCAGAAGAACUAGUUGGCUCAUCUGCAUCUUUAUGGCAGUAGCCAUAGCAGCUGACAACAGUGGCUCAGAGUCCACGAGAGGAUCUGAUGCUGGAGUGACAGUCAGUCGUUUAAGAACCGACGAUCCAGAAGCGUUCACCGUGUCAGCAGUCGGUGAGGAUGGAGAGACGGCGGCCGCGGACCUGGCUGCCCUGCCGGCUGCGAGUAGCGGCGCUGUGGCGACUCUGGCGGAGGGCGAGGCGCGGACCAGCAGCGGCCAGGCCGGCGUGGCGGACGUGUGGGAGCCGCUGCUGCGCCGCCUCGUGCCCCCCCGUGCCCCCCAGCUGCUCGGCACGGGCCCCCAGCUGCUGGACACCGCCGACAAGUUCGCCCUGCCGGGUCUCAAGGCUGACAGCGAGCAGCAGGUGGCCGCGCAGCUGUCCGUGGAGACAAAGGCGAUGCAAAGCCAGCCUCAGGACUUGCUCCGAGUGAUUCGGCUGCUGUCUCGGCGGCCAGACGAGACCAGCACUCCAGCCACUGGAGACAGCCGCUCCAGCGGGCGCAGGUGCACCCCCGUGGCAGCCACGCCGCCACUGGCUGCCUGCCCCACUCCAGCACCAGGUGACGCUGUCGUCUCUCGCGUGAGGAGCCUUUCUGCAAUUGAGAAGGGCAGCAGGCUGCUGCAAGCAGCUAAGCAUUCGCGACUGUCAGAGAUACGGGUACUGCUGGCUGCCGGUGUGGACGUGGGAACGAUGGACGGCGACGGUUUGACCGCCCUCCACUGGGCGGCAAGGAGCGGACAGGUGGAGAUGGCCGAGUGUCUGCUCGCAGCGGGGGCAGAUGUGGACGCGCGGGACUUGACGAACUGGACCCCCCUGUACUGGGCAGCGAAACAGGGGCAGCUGGAGGUGGCGAACGUUUUGCUUUCCGCGGGGGCUGACCUCGAGGCGAGGGACAAGUGGCAGAACACGCCCGUCUUCCUGGCCGCCAUGACGGGACACGUGGACGUCUUGCGGCUGCUGGUGGCGUCCUGUGCCGACCCCAACGCCAGGGAGGAGCACCAGACGACUCCCCUGCAUUGGGCAGCGUACAACGGCCACGCAGGUGCGGCGGCUGCGUUGCUGGGGUUGGGCGCCGAGAAGAGGGCCAGGAACACAUCUGGGCGCACCCCGCUGGACGAGGCCAGGGAGUGGGGUGGCCAGCAGCUCAUAGACAUGCUCAGCUGAAGCCAGCAGUCCAGCAAAAUGUCUCUUGAGUAUAAACAGCUUCUUUUCUUAUAAUAAAAUAUACAAAAAAAACAUGCUCAGCUGAAGCCAGCAGUCCAGCAAAAUGUCUGUUGUCUACAAACAGCUUCGUUUCUUAUAAUAAAAUAUACAAAAAAACGUGCUCAGCUGGAGCCAGCAGUCCAGCAAAAUGUCUCUUGUGUAUAAACAGCUUCUUUUCUUAUAAUAAAAUAUACAAAAAAAACAUGCUCAGCUGAAGCCAGCAGUCCAGCAAAAUGUCUGUUGUCAACAAACAGCUUCGUUUCUUAUAAUAAAAUAUACAAAACAUUAA